AUGGGCCAAGAAACAAUCUUUGGCUGGAUUCUUACGGGUCCAGUCACAAAGAAGCCUCAAGAGUCAAUUUCCGCUUUCACGACUAGGGUUACCAUUCUCCACGAUGAGAAACUCGACCAUCUCAUCACCAAAUUUUGGGAGGUGGAGAAUCUCCCCAAGGUAGCCAGUGAGCCGGACUCUGCGUGUGAGGACAAUUUUGUCCGAACCACACGGAGAGACAAGUCUGGCUCCUACGUCGUGACUCUUCCGUUUAAAAAUCCGGAUCACCCUGACUUAGGUCAUUCGCGAUCCAUCGCUCUGGGGCAGUUUCUCAAAAAUGAGAGCAGGUUGUCCAAGAAUCCGAUACUCAAGGCCGAAUACGAAGCUAUCGUGCAAGAGUAUCUCGACUUGGGUCAUAUGAGGCCAGUGUUUUCACAUUGCAAUCCUGCAAUGAGUAACUUUUACCUGCCUCACCACGCAGUGUUUAAGCCCGACAGCACCACCACCAAAGCCCGGUCCGGGCAAAUCCUCCAAUGGCGAUACUAUCGAUACGUGUUCAAUGCAGAUAUCACUAAAAUGUAUCGCCAAAUUCGUGUUGAUCCAAAACACACCCCUUUCCAACGAAUCCUGUUCCGUAAGCCAGACGGCAACAUCGGGGACUUCGAGCUAAGCACCGUCACUUUUGGAGUAAACUGUGCUCCCUUCCUGGCUUUGACAGUUCUCAAACAGCUCGCAAAUGACGUGAGAUCCCGUUUGCCUCUCGCCAGCAAGGUCAUCUCCGAGUGCAUGUACGUCGAUGACGUACUUGCAGGAGCACAUUCCAAAGAAGAGGUGAUCGCAACCAUCGCCGAACUCAUAGAAGCUCUGGAGAGUGCGGGGUUUCCAUUAAGGAAGUGGACAUCCAAUUCCAUGGAUUGUUUGAAGGCUAUCCCAAAGAGUCAUCGGCUGUGCGAGGACUUCUUAGAGCUAGAAGAUUCAAGCACAGCAAGGACUCUAGGCCUACGUUGGCAAGCGCAAGCCGAUCUGUUUCUUUUUUCGCCCCCCAACAUUCCUCUCCAGGAGACCUACACAAAGAGGUCGGUCCUUUCACAGAUCGCCAAGUUGUUCGACCCCGCAGGGUGGUUGGCACCUUUUGUCAUCCGAGCAAAAAUAUUUAUGCAAGCGCUCUGGCUACGCGAUUUAGAUUGGGACCAACCUCUGCCGGGUGAUCUCCUCACCCAAUGGCAAGAGUUUCUCCUCAGCUUCUCCAGCCUUCGGGACAUUCGUGUGCCUCGAUGGGUACAUUUCCAACCUCGAGCCACUAUCCAAUUUCAUGGGUUUUGUGACGCAUCGGAGCGUGCUUACGGAGCGGCUGUCUAUCUCCGUGUAGAACUUGGCAACCAGAUCUUCGUCAAUCUGCUCUCCGCCAAAACGAGAGUCGCUCCGAUCAAAUCCAUUUCUAUACCCCGCUUGGAGCUUUGCGGUGCUGUCCUUCUGACCGACUUAUGCUCAGUACUGCUCCCGGCAUCCCCGGCAGUCAGUUUUCAGUCCUUUUACUGGACCGAUUCGACUAUUGUCUUAGCCUGGCUAAACAAGCCUGCCUGCAAUUGGACAACCUUCGUCGCAAAUCGGAUCAGUAAAAUAACUGAGCUCACCAAUCCUGGUGACUGGCAUCAUGUCAGCUCAGAGCAUAAUCCUGCGGAUCUAGCUAGCAGAGGAGCUCAUCCUCAAGAACUUCUUUCAAAUCCGCUAUGGUUCCAUGGCCCAGAUUGGCUUCGACUUUCCCAGUCUCACUGGCCAAUCAUUCCUGUUCUUAGCUUGGAGAUUGCUCUAGAGAAAAAGGCAUCUAAAAGUCAUGCUGCCACCUUGACUCCUCCAGCUGAAUUCAUAAGCAGGUUUUCAGAACUUCAUCGAGCCCUCCGUGUCACCGCUUGGAUGUUUCGUUUCAUCAACCGGUGCAGGAGAUCCGCUCCCCCUCCAUCGCAAGAGCUCAGUGCUGAUGAAUUGCACUUUAUUCAGUCCAGGUUCAUCUCCUUGAGCCAAAACAGAAUCUACUCAAACGAGAUCAGCUGCUUACGUGCACAGAAACAACUUCCGGCCUCAAGUUCACUCCGCAAUCUUAAUCCUUUCCUGGAUAGUAAAGGUAUCCUGAGAGCAUGCGGACGCAUAAGGACAUCCGCCUCCUUAAGCUAUGACGAGCGCCACCCCAUCAUCCUCCCUUCUUCGUGCUCUUUCACAAAGCUGCUGGUCCGCUUCACCCAUCGCAUAUCCUUGCAUGGCGGGAACCAAUUAAUUGUGAGACUCAUCCGUCUCCAAACGCAAAUGAUGGGCGAUCUGCCAGCUGAUCGCACAACCUUCACCAGGCCCUUCACCGUCGUAGGCGUCGACUUUGCAGGCCCCUUCGAUGUGAAGAAUUACGCCGGACGAGCCUGCCUCAUCACAAAGGGUUACGUCUGUGUGUUUGUGUGUUUCAGCACCAAGGCUAUCCAUCUCGAGGCCACGUCCGACUUAACCACCGAAAAAUUCUUAGCGGCGUUCUCCCGCUUGGUGGCUCGGCGUGGAUGUCCGCAGAAGAUUUACUCCAACAACGGGAAAACGUUUGUCGGAGCCGCAAAGACUUUAUCACGAGACUUUGUGGAAUCACUCCGAUCCGAGGUGCUUGCAAAGCACUCUCUCCAUAGCCUAUCCUGGCAUUUCAACCCACCGAGCGCACCACACAUGGGCGGCUUGUGGGAAUCAGGAGUGAAGAGUUUCAAGGCCCUAUUCUACAAAUCCACUGCCACGUCGAAAUAUACUUUCGAAGAGCUUUCGACCCUCUUGGCAAGAAUAGAAGCCUGCCUCAACUCGAGACCGAUAGCACCCAUGUCCGAGGAUUCCACCGAUUUACAAGCCCUUACUCCAGGACACUUUCUAGUCGGUGGGCCUCUUAUAACUAUUACUGAGCCCAGAAUUACGCAAGAUGCGAUGUCUAUCCUGAAUCGCUGGCAGCGACUUAAGGCUCUUCACCAACAAUUCUGUUUCCGUUGGAAAGAAGAGUAUCUUAAGGAGCUGCAUAAACGUAAUAAAUGGCAAUUCGCACAACGUGACUUGAAGGUCGGCGACAUGGUCAUCGUGAAAGACGACAAUGUCGCCAUCAACGAGUGGCGGCUCGGCCGUGUCCACCUCACGCACCCAGGAGAUGAUGGGAAGGUCCGAGUGGCGGACAUUCUCACCUCCCGGGGCAUUGUCCGUAGACCCGUCCAUAAGUUGGUCAUCCUACCAACGGACGAUAACACCGCUGUGAUGUCCAACUAA